AUGAGGCACAUUGGAGUAUGGAAAAUCAGGAGCUCCCAGGGUACCAUUGAUCAUCCAGAGUGCGUGAGCAGAUGUGUGGUGUGUGGGAGACAAAAUGCGGAGAAGAGGAGAGUUAACUCAGGAUGGGAGGAAUCGGCAGCUGUGAGUGGCUGGCGAGAUUGGAUGAUUGGCGAUGAUACCAGGCGAGCAGCGUGGGAGGCUCAGACGAGAAAGCUGGGCGAGAUUCCGAAUGCCACACGGGCGGUAGAGGUGUCGUUGCGUUGCACGUCUCAUGCUGUGCUCGUGUCGGUGGUGACACUGGUGUGUCCAAGUUCCAAGUACCAUAUUGCUACAGCCAGGUAUAUUGCUGCAGAAUUGUGCAGACCAGGAACUUGGUGUACAGUCGAGCUGUUCAUCUGUCUGUCUGCUGGUCUGCCUUGCCUGGCUACUCGUCUCUAUUGCCUGAGCUCUCUCUUACGCAGUCGACUAUCAUAA